CUGCCUGACGCCGCCGAGGUCGCACGCGUGAGGCCUGUCCGCAGCAGCCGACAUGCGCUACGUCGCCUCUUACUUGCUUGCCGCCCUUGGGGGCAACUCCUCUCCCAGCGCCAAAGACAUUAAGAAGAUACUAGACAGCGUGGGCAUCGAGGCGGACGAUGAUCGGCUCAACAAGGUCAUCAGUGAGCUGAAUGGAAAAAACAUUGAGGAUGUCAUCGCCCAGGGUGUUGGCAAACUUGCCAGUGUGCCUGCUGGUGGGGCUGUGGCUGUUUCUGCUGCCCCUGGCUCUGCAGCUCCUGCUGCUGGUUCUGCCCCUGCUGCAGCAGAGGAGAAGAAAGACGAGAAGAAGGAGGAGUCCGAGGAGUCAGAUGAUGACAUGGGAUUUGGCUUGUUUGAUUAAAUUCCUGCUCCCCUGCAAAUAAAGCCUUUUUAUGUA